AUGUCAUUUGAAAGAUUAAAUAUUCUAUUAAAACAAAUCUCAUCAUCAAAUUCGUAUUUCUCUAUUGAAAAUAUAAUUGAAGAAUAUUUUUGUAAUAAAAAUUCUCCAUUAACAACAAUUGAACAAGAAAAAUUAAUUCGUUUAUGUUUAAGAAAAUUAUCUGAUUGGUUUAAUCAAACACCUGAACAAAUAAAACAAAUUAAAAUUAAUUUUCAUAAAUAUUUUAUUCAAACAUCUUUUUUAUUAAAACAAAAACAAUUAAUUGAUUUAUUAUUAAAUCAAUUAAAAAUUUCAUUAAAUGAUUAUUUAACAUUUCUAUUAAUUGAUUUAUAUGAAAAGAAUUACUUGAAAUUAUUAAAUGAACUUGAACAAGAAUUUGAUUUAACAUAUAUUAUUCAUUUACCUGAUCGAAUUACUAAUAUUUAUAUGAAUAAUAUUCCAAUAUGUUUUCAAUCGAAAAAUUUUUUUCAUCGUUUAAGUCAAUAUAUACAAGAACAAUUAAUUACAUAUCAUUAUCCAAAUAUGGUUGCACAAAUUGAUACAAAUAUCAAAUUUAUUUGUCAACUUGUUCAUCGAGCAGCUAAAUUAGGUUAUACUAAAUAUAUAUGGCGUCCAUUAUAUAAAAAUUUAUUUAUAAAAAAAUGUUCAAAUGAUUCACUUUGGUUACGAUUAGCUCAAUAUUUUCUAUUUGAAACAAUUGAUGAUAUUAUAUUAUAUACAAUUGAACAUGGAAAUAGUAAAAUUCUUGAUUUAUUUUUUAGUGAUCGUAUUAUUCAUUUACCAUUAUUAGAAAAAUAUUUAAUUGAUACAUUACUUUUUCGUAAACAAUUAUCAAUUGAUAUUGUACGAACAAUACUUAUUUAUUUAACUAUGUCAAAUAAUCGAAUAGAAAAAUGUUUUCAAUAUGUAUUUAAACGUUUUUUACAUAUAUGGUCACAAGAAAAUUUUAUUAGAUUUUCAUCAAAUAAUCAACAUUUAUAUAUAUGUCAAUGUAUAUCAAUAUGUUUAUCAUUUAAUCAACAAAUACAAUUAAAUAAUGAUAAAGAUACAAUAAUUAUGUGUGUUUUAAAUGGUAUUCGUUUACAUCUUGAAUCAACAUUUGAUUAUAUUAGACGACGUGGUCAACUUAUUGGUGAAUUAAUUAUUAAAUAUAUUCAUUUAUUUUCAUCAUCAAAUCAACUUAUAUUUGAUACAUAUGAUAAAAAUCAUUCAGAAGUACUCAUGUUAACAAAAUUAGCAGAAAUAGAUCAAACAUUAAAUGAUAGACAAUUAUCGGAUGAUGAUGAUGAUGAAGAAACCAUCAUGAAAAAAGAACCGAUUGUAUCUAUAAUUGAAAAACCAAUAUGUACAACAAAUCGAAUUGUUCUUCAUGAUGCAUCAAUUGAUGAUGAUGAUGAUGAUGAUGAAUUUGAAUCAUAUGAUUAUUCUCAUGAUACAAUUAAGUUAGAUGUUGAAAAACCAAAAUAUAUUCGAACAUGUCUUGCUGAUUUAAUAUCAACAGAUAAAAUUGAUAGAUUAGAAUCAGCAUUAAAUAUGUUACCAACAUUAAUUGAAUUAUAUAAAAUUGAAUGUGAAGAAGUUGCUUUAGAAUUAGUUCGUAUAUUAUUAAAUUAUAAUAGUACAUUUAAUAUUGAAAAUUUUGAAAAAUUACGUUUAAAUAAUUUAAUAAUAUUAUGUGAAAAUUAUCCAUUAUUAAUAAGUGAUUAUUUAUGUAAAGAAUUUUAUGAAAAAAAUUAUACUAUUCAUCAACGAAGUCUUAUACUUAAAAUAAUUCAAGAAACAGCUAAAAAAUUAUCACAAAUUAAUCAAAUUCAAACGAAAAUUCAAGAUCAAUUAUUUAUAUCUGAUGAUGAUGAUGAUGAUGAUAAUGAUAAUGAUAAUGAUUCAUGGCAUUCAAUUAUAAAUAAACGUUUAAAAUUAAAAACAAAAUAUAAAAUAAAAAAUAAUUUAAAAACAAAAAAAAAAAUUUUUCAAGAAAAUAAUUUUGGAAAUCUAGUUGGAUAUUUUUAUUAUCCAUUAAUAUCAUAUAUUGAUAAAAAACAAAUAUAUUUAUCAUUAAUUGAUGGUGAUCAAGAUUAUUUAUUAUUAUGUGAACUUUUAUCUUGUUUAGGUCGUUUAUGUAUUUAUGCACAAAAUACAUUAUCAUUAAAUAAUAUGAUUAAACAAUUAUUAGAUUUAUUAAAAAGUUUACAACAACAUCAAAAUGCUGGUGUACGACAUGCUAUUAUAUAUGCAUAUGCAUGUACAAUUGUUUCAAUUGGUAAUAUAUGUUAUGAUGAAAAUUUACAAUAUUAUUUUAUUAAAUUAAAACAAUGGUUAGAUUAUAUUAUUAUUAAAGAUACAAAUACUGAAGUACAAUCAUUAGCUAAAUCAGUUAGACAAAUUUUAUUAAAAACAUUACAACAUAUUACAGAUAAUUAA